AUGGUGAAGAACAUUGAAUGGGAUAAGACGUUUAAGCACAAUCAAAGUAUGAACCUCAAUCAAGUUCCACAGGAUUUCCAAGACGCAACAAGAUGGGUAAGAUCAAGCAGAAUUGGAUACGCGGUUGAAACCGAGGUUAAAGUUUACAGAAUCCACAUUCAAGACUUCUGGCAGACUGCAAAGCCCGAAAUGGUUGAAAAUGCCAGAGGAAUAUCCACAACCGUUCGCAACAAGAAGAUAGUUGUUACGGAAGAAAAGAUCCGCAAAGUUCUGAAGCUGAAAGACAACGCUCAAGAUCCGAUCAGCUUGAGCAAAGACGAUAUUUUGGAUGGUUUUCGCGGCAUGGGUUAUGCAGGAGACUUCAGUAAAAAGAAAGAGAUAAAAAGGAAUGGGCUAACAAGAGACUGGAGGUUCAUAGUUCAUGUCAUUGCAAUGAGCCUAGCCCAUCGUAAGGGUGGUUAUGAUAGACUGAAUCUGGAAUGGUCGGCCGCAAUGUUAAACUUGUGUUUGAAUCAUAAGUUCAAUCUUUCUGGUUUAAUCUUCAAUUAUAUGAUCGAGAAUGUGAGAGGGCCGACUUGGGCGAUGUAUCCAAGAUUUAUCCAAAUGUUGAUCAACAACCAAUACGAAAAUCCACCAAAUGAUGGAGAUCUCUAUACUUUUCAUGUUCCAACAAGUCGUCAAUACACAGAGAUCAAGACAAAUGAAUGGGUAAUGCUGCAUGACUCGAUGUAUUCAGCAGAAAGGCUGCCAUUAGUAAAGGAAGCUUACAGAAAAUACAGAGAGGCUCUUCGAGAAAAACAACAAAGAGCUGCACAAGCUCAAGCAGAGGCUGCUGAAAAGGAAGAACGUUUAAAGGGAAAAAGAAAAGGAAAGCAAGCAGCUGAAGAUGAGCCUCCUAGAAAGAAAAAGACAUCUGAAAACCCAGAAAGACUCAUGGGCGCAAGUUUCAAAGCUGCUGAAACUAAGGAGCAUCGUCGACAUAUCCAAGAUAUGAAAGAAAUUCAUGCAAUGCAGGAAAAAGAAAAGAGAGAGAAGAGGCUCAAGAGACAAGAGAUGUCAGCAUCCGAAAGACCAGAAGUUGUUACAGAAGAAGUACAGUCACUGAAUGACUUCGUUGAUACUUUGAUAAUAGAUCCUGAUGAAAUUUCAGCAAGCAAGAAAACACCUCCGAAGAAGAAAUCGACAGAUGAACAAUCUUCCAGAGUCCCUCUUGUAAAGCCUACCAGGAUCUCAAAGCCACCGGUUCCUCCACAAAGGGUUCGUCUCUUUCAGGAACUUUAUGAUAAACUCAUUAAAGAAACCGGUCCAUCUGCAGCCAAGGAAAUCUGUCUUCUCAAGAACCAAGUAAACGACACAAACAUCUUGAGAGAGAAGAUUAAAGAUCAGCGUAAGAAGAACAAAGAAAUGAACGUCUACAUGGCCAAGCAAUCAAAAUUCAUAAGAUUCAAACAGAUGGGGAUUGAGAAACUGUACAGAAUGAUGAGAAGUAUGUGUGAGCAAAUGGAAAUAGAACCUAUGUUCUCCUUUGAGGAAGUUUUCGACUUUGAUGCUUUCAUAGAAGAGGAAACAACCAGAAAAGCGAAAGAAGCCGAGGCCAAGAAAAGACGUCUGGAAUCAACCGAGAAAGUGACUAAAGGAGAUGAAAGUGAUGAAGAAGAAGUUGAUAGAGAUGAAAUGCCUGCCAGAUUCAUUGAGUGGGUUCUGGAAGAGGAAGUGUUGUACGAGCAGGAAGAUGGAAAAACUUUCUCCCCCCCCCCAGCAUCUAGAGUGGUUCAAGAAAGAAAGAGAAAAACUCCCUGA